AUGGUCGAGGAGAAAGACAUCCACGGAGAGAUUGCGCCUUCCAACGAGAUCGAGCUCAACCGCUAUCCUACGGCGAAAAGCGAGGGUCUUCACCAUGAUCACAUCGCUGCCGAGGCUCUGGGUGGACAUACUAGUGAUCUACCAACAGGCUACUAUCGCAGUCCUAGGUUCAUCGGCACGGUCAUCGCAACUUGCUUAGCACAAAUAUCAGGCUAUCUCGGGUGGGUCUUACCCGCCAACACGCUUUCUCUCAUCAAUCAGGCCAUCGGUCCAUCUCCGAAUCUCAUCUGGGUCUCUAUCUCCUGGACGGCAGGCUUUGCUAUAGGAUUCACGCUCGUUGGACGUCUGUCUGACAUAUUCGGAAGAAGAUGGUUCUUCAUCACAGCCUCCAUCCUUGGGCUGAUAGGCAACAUAGUAGGUGCAACUGCGCAGAGCAUCAACACCUUGAUUGCUACAAACGCCAUCAACGGUGUAGCAGCCGCCGGCCAAUUGUCAUUCCACAUCAUCCUGGGUGAACUCGUACCAAACACCAUGAGAGGUCCAGUCAACGCAUUCGUGCUAUCAACGUCAGUGCCGUUCGCCGUCUUUGGCCCGCCUGUUGCGCGUGCAUUUUACGAGAACACUGCUCUGCAAUGGAGAUGGUGCUACAUACUCGGUGUCAUUGUGAAUACUUUGGCGAUCGUUCUAUAUUUCUUCUUCUACCACCCUCCGACCUAUGAAAUGCUUCACGUGGGAGGCAAGUCAAAACUCAAGCAGCUCAAAACACUCGACUGGCUCGGCAUCUUCCUCUUCAGCACCGGCCUCGUCGUCUUCCUCAUUGGCUUGAACUGGGGCGGUGGUAGCUACCCAUGGAAGAGUGGUCACGUCCUGGGUGCUCUCUUUGCUGGUUUCUUCACACUCGUUGGCUUCUGCUUCUGGGAGGCGUAUUCCGGACUCCAGUACCCUCUUAUCCCCAUGAAACUCUUCAAGAACAUACAGUACGACGCAAACGUGGCUUGCGCCAGCUUGGGUGCUGUUGUAUACUAUGCAAACACCGUCAUCUGGCCGACCAUGAUCGGCGCUUUGUUCACCACCGAUGUCAAAAAGACCGGCUGGCUCUCCUGCGCAGUCGGCGGUGGCCUCCUUCUUGGCCAAAUCCUCGGAGGCGCAGGCGUUCGCUACGUUCCUCGCAUGAAGAUACAGAUGACUGUUGCGUCGGUCAUCACUGUGGCCUUUGUCGCCGCCAUCGCCGCCUCAAAUGCAAACACCGAAAGCCGCACCACCGCCCUUCUGCUUAUCGGCACCAUCGGAGCAGGCUAUAUUGAAAACCUAACAUUGAGCUCCACCGCGUAUCUCUGGGAUCCCGCGGACAUGGGCUUGGUCACGGGCGUCCUGGGCGCCAUCCGCACCGCCAUCUCCGCCAUCGCGACCUCCAUGUACUCCUCCAUCCUAACGACCGAGUCUAGCAAGUACAUUCCACAGUACGUUACACCCGCCGCGCUAGCCGCCGGGCUCCCCGAGUCCUCCCUCGCCGCGCUGUUCACCGCCAUCAGCGCUGGUGACUAUUCUACCGUACCGGGGAUCACGCCCGAGAUCAUUAGCGUCACGGGCGCGGCUGUCAAGCAUGCGUACAGCCUCGCGUUCCGGACCGUCUAUCUCUGCACGCUGCCGUUCGGCGUGCUGCUGCUCAUCGCGGCGGUGCUGAGCCCGAACGUGGAGAAGUAUCUUACGGAUGAGGUGGCGAGGAAGUUGGGUGGUGGGGAGAAGAGCGGACCAGCGGUAAGGAAGGAGGUCGUGGAUGAGGAAUAG